AUGUCAUAUCGGCUGGUUCACAAGGUUCUAAUUAGUCUUAGUAAGGUGUAUGAUCUCAUAUGUCUUGUAAUUGAAAACACAAAGAAUCUGGAAACUGUGGAACUACAAGAAGUAAUUGCUAUCUUGAAGAGUCAAGAGCAGCGGUUUGAAUUGCACAGUGUUGACACGUCUGAGAAGGCUUUUGCCUCAUUCAUUGUGAGCUCAAAAGGUCAAAACAAGAAUGCUACUCAAUCUGGUUCAUCCAAUUCCAGAAAAAAUGGAAUUCUAAAGGCAAGCAGUAGGAAUCAAAAGGCAAGCCUCAACAGGGCAAUUCUGCACAACAGUUUAGCUCAUCUCAAUCAAUGA